AUGGUCCUUCGCCUAGGCCUUGUGCAGUGUCAUACCGUGAUCACAUAUCCUCCAUGGAGAGGCGAUAACCUCAAAACAAACGGCACGCUGCCUCAAAACGAUAUUCAUGCCUUGGGACAAAACUAUGUCGAUGGACAGUACACAUUUCCCUACGGUCAGCAGUGGAUGUACCCAUGUGGAGGCAUGCCGACAAGUACGAACAGAAGUCUGUGGCCAGUCAAUGGUGGUGCUGUUGCUAUACAACCUGGUUGGUUCCAAGGCCAUAAAACAGCAACGUUCUACAUCAACAUUGGCAUCAAUGGACCGGGAGAGGUAGCGCCUCCAAACAUGUCGCAUCCAGUCGUUCCAGCCUUCCAAAUAACCGGCCCUGUCAACACCGCAUAUCCAGGCACAUUCUGCCUACCACAGGUUCCGCUUGUGCCAAACCUCACGUUCAACAUCGGCGACAACAUUACUAUCCAGGUUAUCGAGACCGCCCAGCAUGGUGCAGCCAUCUACAACUGCGCAGAUGUGACGCUCGCAGAUCCAGCCGACGUCCCAGAAGUAAAUGCAUCAAACUGCUUCAACUCUUCAGACUUGAGUUUCCAACUGAUCUACGCAACCGGAAAUCUCAGCAGCGGCGCUUUACCGACGGCCAUUGCAUCUUCUUCAAUAUCUCUUACGCUGCCAGUACUUGUGGCCUUCCUUACCUUCAUGUUGUGGUAA